AUGGACGAUAACCGAGUUCUAUGGAUAAAGCACAUUGUUUAUAUUUAUUUUAACUUAAAAUCCGAUGAAAUCUUUGCAGAUUUUUUAAAAAGAGACGAAAAAAUUAAUUAUGUUCAAUUGCAGAGAUUUUUGGAUGGCGCUCUUGAGCCACCAGAGUUAUCUGUUUUAUUUACUAUAAAAAAGGUCAAAGAAACUAUCUUUGAGGAAGUUAAAGUUCCAAUUGACCCUCACAGUAAUUAUCAUUAUAUUGGUACCCCAAUUACUUCAUCGACGUUACUUGAAUAUGUUGACGAAAAUAAGUCGACGAAAGUCUCUGAACGAAAUACUAAUAAGGACGAACUUGAUCUACAGUCUGUUGGUUCGGAAGAUGACGUGAUACGUUUUAGGAAGUAUGGUAGUUGCUGUUUUAUGGAAUCGGACGUUCAAUAUCUUUGCUUAUUGCGUGUUCAAAAUGGCUCAAUUUACAUCCCUAAUUCCCUUGAACAGGCUAUUGCAACAAUGCCCACAAAUUUCGAAAUAAUGUUCGCAACUGGAAAAUGGUUAUAUCAACUUCAGUCAAUCCUUUCAAAAGUUUACUUGAGCCAAUUGUCAACAAUCGUCUCAAAACCUACUGUUCAUAAGUUAAAACUAUCCGAUGCUUACCGUACCGAUGAAUUAACUCUAAAAUAUCAUAAAUUCUUGCAAGUCGUCUCUGAAACUAGUGAUCUGCUACAUUCUGGAAAUGAAUUUGAGAUUCCGUCUAUUGAUAUUGAAGGAGAUACACAAAUUAUUCUUCAAAACGAAAAGAUCACUAAUAUAAUUGAAACAACUGUUAUCCAAUGGGGCUUUAAACUGCGAGAAAUUAUUGAUGAGUUGAAAACAAGAUCUACUCGUGAUGAAGGCCCUUUAGCAGAGAUUGAAUACUGGCGUGAUAGGGCUACUUCACUAGGUCGAUUAGUGGAUGAAGUCUCACGAACACAAAUUCAAAGAAUUUUAGAACUAUACUCUCUCAAAGAACGAAUCUCACCCCAAUCUGUAUUUGAAGUUUUACAUCGAUGUUAUAUCGAAGCUACUGAUAAUGUUAAGUUCCUUGAGUUAGUUAAACGCUACUUCAAAAUAAUGACCUAUCACACGGACAUAAAUGAUAUAAUUGAAUCUCUUAAUCCGCUAAUGCAGGCUCUUCAAAUGAUAUGGAUUAUAUCACCGUAUUAUAGCAAGGAUGAUAGAAUGUGCGUCAUUUUUGAGCGCAUUGCAUGGUGUCUAUGCGACCGAGUCUCAAGAAUGCUCUCUCCUACUAAUCUAUUUAAAAUCCCAUUUGACGAUAUGCUUACGCAAAUAAAUAAUGGUAAAAAAUUAUUGGAAAGUUGGAAAUCGACUUACAUGACUCGUCGAGCAGAUAUUGAAGCUUCAGGAAGAGAAUAUCGUUGGGAAUUUGACAAGAAUCGCCUAUUUGGGAAGAGCGAUUACAUGAUUACAGUCUGUAAUGACAUGAAAGAAGUGGUGCAUAUAAUUAAGGAAUAUAAAACCAUGUUCGGACCGGAGAUUAAGAGUAUGGUCUCUGAUCAGAAGCAUUUUGACCUACUAACAACAAAUAUUUCGAAGCUUCCGGAGAAUUUUAAAUUCCUUUCCUUUGACCCAUUUGUUCUGGAGAAUAAAUACAAAUGGGAGAGUCAAAUGCAGCAGUUUCAUCUGGAGGUGAAUGCUCUAGAUUUUGAUGCUAAGGGAUGCCUUGAAGACUCCUUUCAAACACUACACUCCUCCGAUAACGCUUUUAAGGUCCUUCAGAGACUUUUAGAGAGCCAUCCUCGAAAAUAUAUUGCAAAACUAUUCGAGGAACGUUACAGUGAUAUUCUUGAAAGAUACGGUAAAGAGCUGCGUCUUAUAGAGACCACUUUUACAGAAGGGUCGGCUGAUGCCGGUCGAUUUGCAGCUCUCCUUGGCCCACGAUAUUUUCCACCAAUUUCUUCCUCCAUUUAUUGGGUUCGACAUCUCCAAGCUCGUAUAACGGCGCCAAUGCUAAAAAUGCAUCGCAUUGAACUGUUAAUGGAUAGUGACAGAGGAAAAGAGGUUCAUGAUCAAUACUUAUGUCUCAUAAAACGAAUGAUUCAAUUUGAAAAUGAUUUAUACAGUAGAUGGUGUCAACAUGUACGUGAGAACUUGGGAGGCUUAAUGGAGAGGAAAUUGUGGAAGUCUGUGGCCAUUUCUAAACCGAAUUCAUCAAUGAAAAGUAGUCAAAGGACAAGUUUGGCUACUACGCUAAUGAAACGGCACUCGGUAUUUGGGAGGGAAGUGUCAAGGCAGGCCAAGGCUGCAUUCAAGUUCUACUUUGAAGUUGAUUUUGGCGAGGAAUUGAUUCAAAUUAUUGCCGAAACAAAGUUUUUGCAAACUCUGGGACUUGGUGUUCCAGAUUCAGCAUGUUGUGUAGCACUGAAGGAAAAGGUGUUAUUGCGUCAAAAAAGGGCAUUGGAGGAGCUAGCCAACUCCGUAAGAACAAGAACUGGAGCUUUAUCCCAUGUUGAGGUGAUCACUCUUGCUGACCAUUUAUCACAACUGCGGGCCGCGUUGGAACCUGCUUGGGAGCAACUGAACUGGACUAGUCUUAUCAUUGAUCGCUUUCUUGUCAAAGCUGAUGAAGCAUUCCACAAAUUCUGCAAACUCCUUAAAACAGUAGCGAAAGCGAGAGCGAAAAUCGAAUUGAUCUUAAGGCAAAUCGCCAAAGUUUCUCUAUUCCACUGGAACUCAGAUACAAAUGAAUCGUCUGAACUACGUUCGUUCAAGACCUAUCUUCAACAAAUGUUGGAUGCCCGGACGGUAGACUUUGAGAAUCUGGCAAUGAAGCAUGCUGAAGCAAGCAGAAUUCUAUUUAAACUAGAAAAGGAUAUAACUGGUAAGCCGUCAACUGGAAAGAAUCCCACAAUGAUUCACUACUACGAGUUUUGGGAGAGGCAAUUCUUUGAUGUUGUUCAUCAGAUGGUGAUCAAUAACCUCAAGAAAUUUCUUCGAUUUCUUCAGCAUCCCAAAAUAUCUCUAUUUGCAGUCGAUUUGAUGUUGGCUGGUUCCGAUGUUGUGAGCACGCCACAACCAGCUGAUUUCCACCAACUCAUGAUCCAGGACGUGCGAGAUGCAAUCAAGAGUACUCAAGCUUUCAUUCGUUGGCAACCGAGGACCUGCCUCGCUAGCCAAGGCAUCAAAGUGCCAAAUCAGGAAGGCCUUGUUUACUUCACCUUCUACGAUGACAUUGUUAAAUCAACUGCAGUAAAAGAUGUCUUCUAUCUCAUUGAUCUCACCAUAUUGCAAGCUGGAGAAAAGCUCAAACGUCAACAGGAGAAAUAUCGUCAUUAUAAGCAUCUUCUUGCUCCACAUAAGAAAUAUAGUGUGGAGAAGUGGCGAACAUCUGAUCCCACGGUGGCGCAAAUCAGUCAACGAAUAUAUGACAUCAACACAGCAUUGGAUGAUCUUAAUGCAAGCAUAGCUGACUCUCAAAUCGAUUUCUUCACAUUACGCACAAAGUUGCUGAUAGAUGGACUCCAAAUGCACAGACAAAAGUGGAUAUAUGCCUACGGAAGCCUCUUCAAGGAUCGCAUCUAUUUGCUCAGCCGACAACUCAAAGAUACCAUACGUAAUUUUCAAUCACAAUUGCAAAUCCAACCAACGAAUAGAAACCAUCUUCAGGAUCUUCUAAUAACACUUCGAAAUAUUAAAGAUGCUGGUCUUCUCAAUGAUGAACAGCUUGCGGGUAUUGUGGAAUGUCGAAAUCGUCUACGGCAGAAUGGAUUGGAAAUCACACCCAAUGAAGAAGCAGAUUUCAAAGGCAUUCAAGAAUCUUGGGAAAAUCUCCUAAAACAGGCAAGGGAAAAAGAAGACUGUCUUAGUAGACAACGAAAGCGAUUCAAGUACGCCACUAAAUGCGAGGCUAACCAAUUCGAUAAAAUAGUGAACAAAUUUAUACAGAAAUUUGAAACCGAAGGACCAAUGAAUGUUGGAGAAAAUCUUGACUACGGAUUGGUGCUAAUGAAGGAGUGCAGUGAGGAAAUACAAGGCCUAACUACUAAACAUCAGGAGCUUCUCGUUUCAGAGAGGCUAUUUGAUUUACCGCCAAGCUACUCCAAGGGUCUUAUCAAAGCCAAAAAGCAAAUGGAAUCUCUCCAGAAGAUCUAUAAGAUCUAUGCUGAUCAAAAAGCUUUGAUUGAAGAAUGGUCGAAAGUGCCCUGGCGUGAUGCUCACUUCACAGUUCUGCAAAAUGAGGUCGAACUUCUUCAACAGAUGUUACAAAAGGUGUCCAAACAGAUACCCCAAAUGGAAGUUGCCAAAGUACUUGAAAUCCACCUCUCGGCUUUUGCCGACUCAGUGGCUCUCCUGAGCGACCUGAAGAACGAAGCAUUACGACCGAGACAUUGGACAAUGUUAAUUGAGAGAACCAAGAACAAUUUUGCUUUCAAUUCAGGGGAAUUCACUCUCGGAAAUAUAUUUGAUAUGCAUAUUGAUCAAUUCAAACAGGAGGUAGUUGAGGUUCUCAGCGUCGCUUUAAGUGAAUUCUCAGUAGAAAAGGAGUUAGUAGAAGUAAAUGAGAAAUUGAAAAACCUUCGAUUUGAAAUUCAGGAGUAUGCUCCCAAAGGAAAGAAACAGGGACUUAUAUUUGCAGGAUUGGAUGAAAUUGUUCAGACACUGGACGACAACUCCAUCGGUUUGCAGUCCAUGGGAAGUUCGAGGUUUGCGAUUCCCUUUAUAGAGAAGAUUCGUCAGCUUGAAAAAGAGAUUGCAAUUGCUAGUGAAGUACUAGAUAACUGGAUUGCAGUUCAGAGGAAAUGGCUCAAUUUAGAAGGCAUUUUUGCAAGUGGAGAAAUUCAUUCUCAGAUGGGUAAAGAAGCGGAUAGAUUUAAUAAAUUAAAUCUGGUCUUCAAAAAGACCGUUGAAGAGGCCUUAAAAAGUCCAUCCGUCCUAACUUGGUGUCUGAAGUCAGGACGGUCAAGUGAGCUGAUGUCUAUCAGUACAGGCUUCGAAACCUGUGAAAAAUCUCUCAUUGUUUAUCUAAAGACUAAACGUAACGCGUUUCCAAGAUUUUUCUUCAUUGCUGACUAUGAAUUGCUUUCAAUCUUGGGUUCUAGUGAAUACGAACGUGUUCAAGAACAUCUGAUCAAGAUGUUCGAUAAUAUCAAGAGCUUAGAAUUUGCCAAAAAUGAACAGGACAUACCGGUAGCUGUUGGAAUGAUAUCUAAUGAAGGGGAGAAAGUGAAAUUCAAAGAAGUCGUGCAAUGCACUGGAGGGAUUGAAGAUUGGAUGGCCAAGGUGGAAAUUACCAUGAGGGAGACCAUUCGAUCCAUAACGAAAGAAGGAAUCUAUAGAUAUCGAGAAUCAAUGGAGCGAGUUGACUGGGUAAUGCGUUACCAGGGUAUGGUAGCACUUGCAGCAAGUCAAGUUUGGUGGACAUGGGAAGUUGAGGACGCUUUUCGGCGUAUCACUCCCGUCUCUCCGAGUCUUAAACAAGACAAAUCGGCAAUGAAGAAAUUGUCCAUGCAACAACUCAAUCAGUUGGGGGAGAUAGUUCAACGAAUUCGCGGUGAAUUAUCCACUAAUGACCGCGCUAAACUUGUCACCCUCCUUACAAUUGAUGUACACGCAAGGGAUGUGGUUGAUGGAUUUGUUCGGAACAGUGUUAUUGAGGCGAAUUCAUUUGAAUGGCAAUCGCAGCUACGGUUUUACUGGUCUCGAAGCUGUGACCACUUGCACUUACGACAGUGCAAUGGUUCCUUCGAUUAUGGAUAUGAGUAUUUGGGACUCAAUAGCCGCUUAGUAAUCACCCCACUUACUGACCGAAUCUACUUAACCUUGACUCAAGCCCUCUCUAUACAUCUUGGAGCUUGUGCAGCUGGACCAGCAGGAACAGGCAAGACCGAGACGGUUAAGGAUCUUGCAAAGGCACUCGCCACGUUUUGUCUUGUUACAAAUUGCGGAGGUGAAAUGGAUUACAAAUCGCUCGGUCGAAUAUUCUCUGGAAUUUGUCAAGCAGGUGCCUGGGGCUGUUUUGAUGAAUUCAACCGAAUUGAAAUAAGUGUUCUCUCUGUUAUCUCGACUCAACUGCGUCUUAUUCACAAUGCCCAUUCUCAAUCAGCUCGGAGGUUUGUUUUUGAAGGGGAGGAGAUUAACUUCAAUCCUCGGGUGGGUGUGUUCAUCACCAUGAAUCCGGGAUAUGCAGGUCGUACUGAAUUACCAGAAUCUGUUAAAGUCCAAUUCAGACAGGUGGUUGUAGCAGUACCAGACAGGAAGUUGAUCUGUGAAGUCUUGCUGUUCGCUCAGGGAUUCUCAAAAGCUCGAAUGUUGGCUGAAAAAAUUCAUACAUUCUACUAUCUUGCAGAACGACAACUGUCAAAACAACAUCAUUAUGACUUCAGUAUGCGUGCUUUAAAAGCCGUUCUUCAAAUGGCUGGAGAGUUAAGAAGACACCAACUAGAAUUAGAUGAAAUCUCUAUGGUAAUCCGAGCUCUUCGAGACGUAAACUUACCCAAACUAAUCCACGAAGAUGUGAGAUUAUUCCUAGAUCUGAUUAGUGACCUCUUUCCAGGAUUACCGAGUCUGAAAUCAGAGAGUAAGGAGUUCUCAGAUGCUGUAAAGGAUUGGCUUUCGAGUGAAAAGUAUAUUGUAGUUGAAAAGCAAGUUGAGAAAGUACUACAACUUAAUGAGACAAUGCUGACACGGCAUUCAACAAUGGUAGUUGGCCCCACAUGUGGAGGCAAGAGUGUAGUCAUCUUAGCCUACUGUGGGGCGCAAUCGAAACUAGGCACUCCAACCAAUCUACUCACUCUCAAUCCCAAGGACAGAUGUGUGACUGAACUGUACGGUGUACUGGAUCCAAAUACUCGUAAUUGGACGGAUGGUCUACUGACUCGAUUAUUCAGAGAUUCUAAUAAGACAUCGGGGAAAAAGGAAAACACUAUCAUUCUCUUUGACGGAGAUGUUGACUCGCUCUGGGUUGAGAAUAUGAAUUCAGUAAUGGAUGAUAAUCGCCUUUUAACUCUUCCAAAUGGUGAACGUAUACGUCUCCAACCCUACUGUCAUUUAAUUUUCGAAGUUGGCGACUUGGAAUAUGCGUCACCGGCGACUGUUUCCCGAUGCGGAAUGGUCUACAUAAACUCACAAGAUCUUGAAUACUCGGUAAUCUGGCAGAUGUGGAAGUUGAAUAACAAAGAUUUGGAUGACUACUACCUUCAAAUCCUUGAUAACCUUUUUGAAAAAUAUCUACCUCGAUUAAUGGCUUUAAAUCUCAACUUUGUUCUCCCAUUAACUCCAGUUGGUCUAAUUAAUCAGCUGUGUUGUCUCCUUAGAAGCUUAUUGCUUGGUGUGAAAGAAGCGUCUGUCGAUUGUCUGGAAGCUAUUCUUCUUCAGGCAUUGACAUUUUCGAUUGGGUCAUGCCUUCUAAAUGACUCAGAUCGAAUGGCAUUUGAUGACAAGGUCAAAGAACUAUCUGCUCUACCGACAAUUGUUGAAGAAGGUGAAGAGGGUAUAAAAGAAGGUUUCAUUCCAAACACUCAUCCUCGACUUGAAGACUUUUAUUUUGAUCUUGAAAAGAGAGUUUGGCUUCCGUGGAGCAGGAUUGUGCCCUCUUACCAACAUAAGCCGGAAAUCGGCUUCUCAGAAAUUUUUGUUCCAACAAGAGAAACGAUCAUAAUGAAAUGGGUUCUGGAAAAGAAUGUACAGGUCGAUAGACCAGUAUUGUUGGUUGGUAAAACAACCACUGCUAAAACAACAUCGGUCAAUCAAUUUUUGAUGGAACAAGAUAUAUCCACUCAUCUAAUAAUGCGGGUCAAUUUCUCUUAUCGCACUACCGCGGAUGACUUAUUUAACUGCCUCGAUGCUAAUCUUGAGAAGAGAAACAAAGGCCUCUACGGACCAUUUGCAGAAAAGCGCCUUCUCCUAUUUAUCGACGAUCUACAUAUGCCGGAGACUGAUCCUUAUGGAACCCAGCAGCCCUUAGCACUUCUCAAACUCCUGCUGACUAAUCGAGGUUUCUACGAUCGUUCCAAUAGUGAACUAAAAUGGCGUCGAAUUUGCGAUACUUCUUGCAUUGCCGCCAUGGCACUAAUUAAGCGUAUUGAUCCACGCCUUCUCUCUAAGUUCACUGUUUUUCACGCUACUCCCCUGAGUGAAUCAACAUUGUUUUCGAUUUCCUCAUCAAUUCUCAGUGACCACUUUCAAACAGGAUUCCAAAAUGCUAUUGUAGAGGCAAUUCCGAGUAUCAUACAAGCUACACUCAGUGUUUACUGGUUCUUGCUUCAAAAACUUCAUGCCACUCCUGCAAAAUUUCACUAUACCUUCAAUUUCCGCGAUCUUCGUCGCGUUUACGAAGGUCUCUGUCGAAUGUCUCCGGGAAACUUCUCAACACUCACCCACGUAAUUCGUUUGUGGAGACACGAGAUGCUCCGAAUAUUCGUAGACCGCUUGACAACCGAUGAGGAUGUUAACUUGGUGAAGAGCAGAAUUAAUUCAGAAACUUCCAAUCUCGAUCCUCUCACCAAAGAUGAAACACUGAAAGAUCCGGUACUUUUCGGUGAAUACACAACUGAAUUGGAAGUAGGGGAGCUUGCACAUUAUGAGGAUAAGGGUGAUUACAAUGCAGUAAAAAAUAUCUUCAAUAAGGCUAGUCGGCAAUACUUAAAGCUUUCACACUCCGCUAUCCACAAAUGGUUUAUCAAAGAACAACAUUCGGAACACUCGAAGCUUAUCUUAUUCAAUGAUGGUAUUGAGCAUUUAAGUCGACUACACAGGAUAAUGAGCACGAGCGGAGGACAUGGCUUGUGUGUUGGAGUCAGUGGAUCUGGGAGAACAGUUCUUAUUAAAUUGGCCGCAUUAGCUGCUGGAUGUGACGUAUUUCAAAUCACACUGAGUCGAAAUUAUACAGAAAAGGAAUUCCGUGAGGAAGUUAAGAAUUUAUAUCUUCGACUUGUGAAGGAAGACAAAAGGAUAGUGUUCUUAAUUUCUGAAGAUGAUAUAAUAGACGAAGCCUUCUUAGAGAUUGUAAAUCGUAUGCUGGUUGGGACGAAUGUAAGUUCGUUCUUUUCUGAGGAGGAGCGUGAAACAAUUGCUAAUGAUUUACAAAAAGACCUACUAAAGAAUGGACUUGAUGGAACAAGAGAAGUCAUCUGGGAUAAUCUAUCAAGAAAAGCGGCGAAAAAUCUCCACAUCAUAAUGGUCAUGAGUCCUGAGAGCAGCACCUUACGGAGACGCUGUGCCAACUUUCCAGGUCUCUUAACCAACACAACAAUGGAUUGGUACUUCGCUUGGCCUGAAGAGGCACUACAAGUGGCUGCAAGUGCUACCCUCUCUCCUGAAAAUCCUCUAAUUCCUUCUCAGCACUAUGAUGCUCUUAUUGAUCAUAUUGUGCACGUUCACCGAUCGGUUGAUAAAUACACUCGAGAAUUCAUGGAAAAGUGGAAGAGGACAAAUUUUGUCACCCCAAGACACUUCCUCGAUUAUAUUGACAAUUAUAUGAGGUGA